AUGAAACGAGGCGAACGUCCACCGUCCAAGCGCGGCGAGUUGUCGUCGUCGUCUUCCCAGCGCUCGGUAUCUCCUAUUGGCCUUGGUGCCAUCCUCAAGCCCACGAAAUGGUUCCAACGAUCCAACUCCUCCAAGUCCAACCUCAGUACUACUGUAGAGACCAGAACGAGUUUAACCAAGAUUUCUAAUCCGACAAAUCCAAGACCGUCGGUUCUCAGUCUAUCUAUGAACCGCUCGACGUCCCAGUUGGCAGUGUCGAUCCCUCAGUCUUCGUCAGGAUCGACUCAUUCGGGUUCAGGAAUAGGCGACUUGCGCGCUGCCAGUGGCAAAAAAUGGUCGAAAUCGGUCGAUGACUUGUCCAAAUUCUCACCUGACUCCCCUAUCUCUCCCUCCUCCCUAUUCUCCGCACGAAUUGGCGAGUAUCGAAGUGGUGCUUUGCAGUCUCCAAGUUCUACACUUCUACCAUCUACUCAAACCCCAGCGCGUCCCCCUUUGUCGGCAGGCCCCGGAACUGUUGCGUUCCCUACCAAAGCCAGCGCUGUGGACGAAGAAGCCAAUAACGUCGGCCGCAGCUCCUGUGCCCACACCUCGUCUUCCCACAAGUCUAUAACUUCUUUGAAAGCCGCACAAGCUGCCAAUGCUCGGGCCGCUCACCAAAUGGUCACCUCGCUCAAUCCUGCAGGAGCUCCCAGUCGACCCUCAUACGAACGCUCCCUUGGAUCGACAGAAAAGAGCACAGCUGGCGCAGGUGGCACCAAUCCGGGGUACAACGUUCGGACAUUUGGAUUUCCUUUUGGUAUGACCCAUAAACCAUCGACAUCUCCACCCCAGAUUGUUCUUUUCUCAGCCCUCGAGUCGGGUAGCAAUGCAACGCUAGCGACGACCAAGGCCUCGAAACGUUCAUCUCAAAUGGUAAUACACCAGGGUUUCUUGAUGCGAUUGGAUCACCCUACUCAGCCCGAAAAGGGGAAACCCUUCAAAGGAGUCUUGACGGGGAACAAAUUGCAGCUGUAUAAGCCGCCUAGCGAUAAAAGUGCCGAACUCAAAGAACUAUUCCCCGAAGGCUUGGUUGCCCAAGGUAUCGAGGAAGAAGAAGAAGAAGAGGCCGAAUCUGCAAGUCCAGGUGGAGCGGUGACCAAUCGGACGAAGCGAAAGUAUUGGGGAAGAGCUCAGCACCCGGAGCUCCAAAUCGUCGGGGAAGAUAAAGAGCUCCAAGGCACACUCGAUGCACUUGUACACGAAAUUGUAUUUGGGACCACGUUUGAUUCGCAGCUCGAAAAGGAGACUUUUGCUCAAGUAGUGCUACUAUGCCUUCCCAAUGUGUUGCCUCAGCACUCGGACUUUGACGAAGCACUCAUACGAUAUUUGGGUAGCGCUUUCCGGACUUUGGGACAGGACGAUCGCUGUGGGGAUUCUACCGAGGAACGAAAGACGAAAGAAAAAGAAUGGCUUGAAUGGCUGGUUGGCACAUAUGUGCUACUCCAUGGCGGACUUGCAGGCGAUGGGUGGGAUGAUUGGUUGGAAUCAGUAGAUUUACAGCUGGAUUCAUGUGUCGUUCGCGCAAGAGAGGCAUCGGGAGCACUUGUUGCUUCGCCUUAUGUCGGCGUAUUCUCUCCGCGACCAAAUGAAGCGGGUGCAUUUGAAUCCAUCCCCACACAUAGCCCUCGACUUGCGCCUUCUAUAUCGACGCAUGCCUUAGUUCUUCCCCCUGGCACGGUCGUUCCUGUCAACGCCAUCACUUCAGACACCAUUUCCGAAUUCUUUUCAAGACCCUCUAAAUUGGGAAACACUUUGGACCGGGAUCGAUUGAGUAGGGACGUCUUCCUAAAAGUGCCAAGCGCGACGAUUGCAAAGGCCCUUCGAGUGCUCAACCAAGUAUUUCUUGUCCAAGCAGUGCAAGGCUGGGGUCGGGCUCCGAUUACGUCGGUCUAUCACCUUCCCGAUACUUUCGUUUGCCACGGGGCACGGAUCCCGCCAGCCUAUUCAGCGGCUCGGAUGAGUCCCUCACUGGCUAACUCGGCUGGUCAUGACUCAAGUCUUGUCACCAGAUAUGGUGGGGCACGAACUCCCCGCGUCGGAUACAGCUGGUUCAAUUGGAGUUGCGGCUGGCCAUGGCGUGGGAAUCAUUCCGGAGGGCGUGAAAGUUUCGAGAACCCAUACAAGGCGGCGGUGCUGUGUAAAUGGAUCCGAUUAGGCGAGCUAGCCCGAGUAAAUGGAGAUGAGUGCACCUGGCGUGCUGUACAGGCCGCUGUAUGCUCGCGUGCUAUUGCGCGUCUAGAACGCGUGUUCCGCCGAAUGUCCGACGAGGAGCGUGAGAUUGUUAAUUACAAGUGCACGCCUUGGGAAUCGAACGUGCGCGAACGAAUAGCUCAGGAAAUGGUGCGGGCCCGACUCAAGGGUGGAGAAUUAUGGCACGUGAAGCCCUUUGAGAACGCGUGGAGUAUGGUCCAGGCGAUGGGAGUGACUUGGAACAAGUGUACCGGUGGUGUUUUGCCAUUAGGAGACUCAGAUGUGGAGGAUGUCAUUGGGUUGGUGCGAUACUUCCGGAGACAUGCAGAAGACGAAGAGCUUAAGGUUUCGGCAACAUCUCACACAGAGGGCACAGGUCCCGUCGAAAUGACUCAAGAGCAUAUCCAAGAAGUUGUUACUCGUACUCGAGCCUUUCAGUCGGGCGGACAAGGUCAGAGCAAGGGGAAGGAGGUCCGUUUACUUGGCGAGGAUUUGGGCGAGACGACCUUGACUGUGUUUAGCGGAGAGCUCGUGCUAAAGCUUGUCAAGGAAGAGAAAGGCACUGGGGAGCGUGCACUGUCUAGGUCGACGACUAUGCUACGAAACGUUUCGAGGCCUGCAAGCUUGGUUGAAGAGGAUGGCCUCGAAGGGUUGAGUGCUAGUUUGAGCGGAAUUUUGUCGCCUAACUCUAGUGGAGUUCUGUCACCCGGGUCUGCCGCCCUUCGGCUGGAGCGCAAACCAAGUCGGAACCCUUCCAUCGAGCUACGCCAUCUUCCCACCUCGAGCGUAACAAAGUGCAAUUCGAUCACGCCGAUCGUCCCUUCCCUCAAUUUCUCAACGCGCAAGUCUGGUUGUCACCGAGGCCUCGGGGAACCCCCUCUGCGCGCGCUCGUCAGCUCUGGCUCGCUGGAAAAGCUCGUCGAUGUACUUAUAAGUGGUCUGGAAGAGGUGGGAAUGCAAACUAGUCCAGCAGAUGAUAAUGGCGAAACCUCGUUGCGCGAGGGACGUACUCGGGGCGUACGAGUUGACCAUGGGGAGUACUGCAGAAUCUUUUGGGGCAUGUUUAGGAGCUUUGUUACACCGAUGGUCCUUUUCGAGAUGAUCCAGAAGCGGUAUCGAAACGCAGCAAACAAGAAAUCCUUCACGUCCUCCAGUUUGGCUCGCUUUUCGUCCCAUUCCAAUCCAGAUGGGAAUCCGGAGGACGACCAAUACCGUAAUGAAAUUAUCCAGACUCUCACGAAUUGGAUUGUUGAAGGGGCUGGUGGACAAGAUCUUCUCGAUGACACCGACUUUUACGGUGCCAUGCAUCGAGUGACCAGGCGGCCAAAUAUGGAGACUCCUUCAGUUCCUUCAGCCGGCCAUUCAUCAACCGGAUUCGGGAGCACCGUGCCUACUCUGGAUGACAUUGAUCCUGAGACUUUGGCGGAUAAUUUGGACGCUAUUGCCGCGGCUGCCCUAAAGCCCGUCACAUUGACGGACUUGAUUGUGGCGCUGGACCUGUUUGAGACGCAGUCGGUGGAUAAACUCGGCUGGUAUGCCCUCCAAGACGUCGACACUUCACCUCUAAUAUCUGAAAUGGGCCCCGAAAAAUUCGUGCGCAACCUCCCAUCGAGCAUUCGAAGUGUCUUCAGAGCGCACGACAUUGUUCGCCGUUGGGCUCUCGCGAGCAUCGUUGCCCCGCGAUUGGGAAUACAGGUUCGUCAGGAGCGCAUUGAACUGCUGCUCCGCACAAUCGAGGUUUGCAGGCUUCGAACAGCGGACUCUCCCAGCUCGCAAGACAUCCUUCAACCAUCCAUUCGAACAUUUACUGAAACUGCUCUUGGUGCUGCUUUAUGCUCGCCUGAGAGUCGUCUCUUCACUAGAGCCUGGCAAGAAAUACUUGUUCAACCUUAUGUCAAACGUACCGAAUCUCCAGCCAUUACGAAAGCAACAAAUGCGAUCCAAUACGCACCGUGCAGACGUGGAUCGAAUGACAAACAUGCAGCGCGAGGUUUCGGAGUCCUACUACGAGCCGCGGGUAAUCAGGGAGGAAGCAUACAGGGAGAAUAUGCAAUCAUCUCCGCACCACGCGCCUCCCCGCAAGGCGGUAAGGCCUUUCCAUCGCCUCGUCGCAGAGCAGAACGAGAAGAACAGACGCGACAAGUAUGCGAGGGAGCGACUUCAAAAGGAGAUCAAGAACGAAAAGAUGAUUUCGGGCGCCGUGAUGAUAAUAUUAACAAGGCAAUGUUGCCCAAAGGUGGCCAUGGUCAGCGCAAGAAAAACCGAAGCAUGUCUGGGUUCUUCACGAUGCUACGGCCAAUUUCAUCCGCCUGGUCGGGAGAUAAGUUCCAGGAUAAGAUAAUGAAACCCCGUACACUUCAAGAGCUUGACUUUGAGCCAACGGGAAAGCCCUCGGUCGUUGUGAAUGUGGCCAGCGCACAAGUUCAGGACGCUGUCAAUACCCACCGAUCGUUUGUCAUGCGCCUCCGAACCGAAGAUGGAGACAAGCUCGACCUACGCACGACGGCGGUUGACGUAUCAGGGGGGGAAAUCGGAUGCACCGAAGCGGGCGUUCCGAGUUUCAAUACGACCACCAAACAUCCGAACCCAGUAUAUGGCGUCCCCCUGGAGGAAUUACUGGAGCGUGAAUAUGGAUUUCCUCCACCUGCCGAUGCUGUCCCACAUAUUGUCAAGAUCUGUAUACAGGAAGUGGAAAGUCGAGGGCUCACCGAGCCGGGCAUUUAUCGCCUUGUUCCGUCAACGACUGAGUUGGCACAGCUUCGUGAUAUGUUUGACUCGGGUGCUGCAUUCGAGGGCAAGCUUGACCCUCACACUGAUAUCAUGGCAUAUACAUCUGCUCUCAAAGCCUGGUUCCGCUCAUUACCCGAAUGUGCUUUCACCGACGCCCUAUAUAAUGACUUUAUUGCUGCAGCGCGGGAACUCGAUGGGAACGCAAAAGCCGCUCGGCUGCAAGAGCUAGUAUUAUCAUUGCCCAGUGCCAACUUCCACCUGCUACGAGUUAUGUUCGAGCACCUUGACCACGUUGUUGAAUGUGAACGUGAUAACCACAUGAGCGCCGAGAAUGUUGCUACAUGCCUGGCUCAAAGCAUGAUUUUCCCACCUGGUGGUACUGGCGGGUCCAUUUUUCCAAUCAAUUUGGGAGAACAUCAUCAGUUGGUGAAAUGUCUUAUCAUUCAGAGUAACCAAGUGUUCCAACAGCUAGGGGAAGAGGUGGAGCCAGAGGCGUCAUUAGAAGAAGUCCAUCGAUAUGAGGACAUCAUAGAAGAACAGGCUAUUGAUUCAGACUCUGAGGAGGGUCUCGAAGAAAUUCCGAUUACCCGCGCCAGUACAACCAGGCUGGACAUGUUCGAGGAUGACAUAUUUUCUCCUGGAACCACUCAACGCGCCAACGAAGCUUGGGGUCGCAAACGAGCUGGUUCAUGA